UGCACCACAAGAGUCCCAGGUCAUUCGGUUCGAGCUACAGAUGCCAAACAAAGAAGAAUCGAAGGUGGCCAUGCAAAGAGAUCGAAGAGGGGUGGAAGAUCAAACCACACACGCCCACAAAAAGAGUGUGAGAGUGAGAAUAGGAUCAAACGGAGAAGUUCUAACCACACACAUAUGGAUACCCUUAAAUGUUUAAUUUAUAAAUUGACUCUGUAUCUGCUGCUUUUUCCAUUCUUAAACUCCACUUCUUUUAACCAUGGCUACCAAGAACAUUAGCUUGGAGGAAAUUAAAAACGAGAAUGUCGACCUUGAGCGCAUACCAGUUGAUGAAGUGUUUCAGCAACUGCAAUGCACCAGAGAAGGUUUGUCAACAGAGGAAGGAGAGAAGAGGCUGCAGAUCUUUGGGCCCAACAAGCUCGAAGAGAAAAAGGAAAGCAAGCUUCUGAAAUUCUUGGGUUUUAUGUGGAAUCCGCUCUCAUGGGUCAUGGAAAUUGCUGCAAUCAUGGCCAUUGCUUUGGCUAAUGGAGGGGGUCAGCCACCAGAUUGGCAGGACUUUGUGGGUAUUGUGGUGUUGCUUUUCAUCAACUCCACUAUUAGUUUCAUUGAAGAGAACAAUGCAGGUAAUGCUGCAGCUGCUCUUAUGGCUGGACUAGCUCCUAAAACCAAGGUCUUAAGAGAUGGAAGGUGGUCCGAGCAAGAAGCUGCUAUAUUAGUUCCAGGGGAUGUGAUCAGCAUCAAGUUGGGAGAUAUUAUCCCAGCUGAUGCUCGUCUUCUGGAGGGAGAUCCUCUGAAGAUUGAUCAAUCUGCUCUCACAGGUGAGUCCUUGCCCGUGACCAAGAACCCAGGUGAUGAAAUCUUCUCCGGAUCUACCUGCAAGCAAGGUGAGAUUGAAGCUGUUGUAAUUGCCACUGGGGUGCACACCUUCUUCGGUAAAGCUGCUCAUCUUGUGGACAGUACCAAUCAAGAAGGCCACUUCCAGAAGGUGCUGACGGCUAUCGGGAACUUUUGCAUAUGCUCCAUUGCAUUAGGAAUGGUCGUUGAGAUAGUAGUAAUGUACCCAAUUCAGCACCGCAAGUAUCGAGAUGGAAUUGACAAUCUUUUGGUGCUUCUCAUUGGAGGGAUUCCAAUUGCCAUGCCAACUGUCCUGUCUGUGACUAUGGCCAUCGGCUCCCACCGGCUUUCACAGCAAGGUGCUAUCACCAAAAGAAUGACAGCCAUCGAAGAAAUGGCUGGAAUGGAUGUCUUGUGCAGUGACAAGACUGGAACUCUCACUCUCAACAAGCUUACAGUGGAUAAGUCCUUGAUUGAGGUAUUUGCAAAAGAUGUGGACAAAGAUAGUGUGAUUUUGUAUGGGGCAAUGGCCUCCAGGGUUGAGAAUCAAGAUGCUAUUGAUGCAUGUAUUGUUGGGAUGUUGGGUGACCCCAAGGAGGCCAGAGCAGGCAUCACUGAGGUACAUUUUCUGCCAUUUAACCCAGUGGAAAAGCGCACGGCUAUAACAUAUAUUGACUCAGAAGGCAAUUGGCACAGAAUUAGCAAGGGAGCACCGGAGCAGAUCAUUGAAUUGUGCAACCUCAGGGAUGAUGCAAAAAAGAAAGCUCAUGCCAUCAUCGAUAAGUUUGCCGAUCGUGGACUACGCUCUCUAGGUGUUUGUAGACAAACUGUACCAGAGAAAACCAAGGAUAGCCCUGGAGGGCCAUGGCAAUUUGUUGGUCUCUUGCCUCUUUUUGAUCCUCCAAGGCAUGACAGUGCAGAAACCAUUAAUCGUGCCCUUAAUCUAGGUGUCAAUGUCAAGAUGAUCACCGGUGACCAGCUUGCAAUUGGCAAGGAAACUGGUCGCAGGCUUGGAAUGGGAACCAACAUGUAUCCUUCUUCUGCUCUCCUUGGACAGAACAAGGAUGAGUCUAUUGCUGCCCUUCCUGUUGAUGAGCUUAUUGAAAAGGCUGAUGGCUUUGCUGGUGUCUUCCCUGAGCACAAAUACGAGAUUGUGAAGAGGCUGCAAGAAAGGAAGCACAUUUGUGGGAUGACUGGAGAUGGUGUGAAUGAUGCUCCAGCAUUGAAGAAAGCGGACAUUGGAAUUGCAGUGGCUGAUGCUACUGAUGCAGCUCGGGGUGCAUCUGAUAUAGUCUUGACAGAGCCAGGAUUGAGUGUGAUUGUGAGUGCUGUCUUAACAAGCAGAGCCAUUUUCCAGAGAAUGAAGAAUUAUACAAUUUAUGCAGUUUCUAUAACCAUCCGAAUUGUGCUGGGUUUUAUGCUCCUUGCUCUUAUUUGGAAGUUUGAUUUCUCUCCUUUCAUGGUUCUCAUCAUUGCAAUUCUCAAUGACGGAACGAUCAUGACGAUUUCCAAAGAUAGAGUGAAGCCAUCUCCACUUCCUGAUUCAUGGAAGCUAAAGGAGAUCUUUGCUACUGGAAUUGUACUUGGUACCUACCUAGCUGUCAUGACUGUUGUAUUCUUCUGGGCCGCUCACAGUUCUGACUUUUUCUCGGAAAAGUUUGGUGUUAGAUCCAUCAGAAACAACCAUGAUGAGCUUACAGCUGCAGUCUACCUCCAAGUGAGCAUAGUCAGUCAGGCACUAAUCUUCGUUACAAGGUCCCGCAGCUGGUCUUUUGUUGAACGCCCCGGUCUCCUACUUGUGACUGCUUUUGUCAUUGCGCAACUGAUUGCCACUCUCAUUGCUGUAUAUGCCGAAUGGGAUUUUGCUAAAGUAAAUGGUAUUGGCUGGGGAUGGGCUGGUGUUAUUUGGAUCUACAGCAUUGUCUUCUACUUCCCUCUAGAUAUUCUGAAGUUCCUCAUUCGAUAUGCUUUGAGUGGCAAAGCCUGGGAUAACCUAGUCCAAAACAAGACUGCAUUCACAACAAAGAAGGAUUAUGGAAGAGGAGAGAGGGAAGCACAAUGGGCUGCAGCUCAACGUACCCUGCAUGGACUGCAGCCUCCGGAAACUGCAGAACUCUUCCAAGAUAAGAAUUACAGGGAGUUGUCCGAGAUUGCUGAGCAGGCCAAGAGGCGUGCAGAAGUAGCAAGGUUAAGAGAACUUCAUACACUUAAAGGGCAUGUUGAAUCAGUGGUGAGACUCAAGGGACUAGACAUUGACACCCUUCAACAGCACUACACUGUUUGAUGAGAAGAUGCAGAUUAAUUAAGAGUCUGUUGGCGAAGAGUUUUGGGCGAGGAGAGUGUGAAACCUAGAUUAUGAAGAUUAGGAUGCAUUCUUUUUGUUUCCAAAAAGAAAUCCUUUUUUCAGGAUUUUGUAGGAAGCAAGGGUUGGGGAAUAAAAUUAGCAUUGUGAGUUGGAAAAAUAAUUUCACCAAGAUAACGUCUGCAGCUAUCUUUGUAUUCUUGUUACAUUAAUUUUCAAUGGGAUUCCCUAUUUUUGCUUUUAUCAUCUCUUGAUUUUGUGCUUUGUUACAUUUGUUAAAUUUCAAUGUUCCAGUUCUGACUUCGAGCAUAAUGAUACUUUAUUAUUCUAUUGCA